CGCGCAUGUGGCGGUUACAUUGAAGAAAACAGUCUGGGACUGGAAACGCAUACAGUAAGACUGGGAAUAAAACCGUCUGCGGAGGACGCUUGGUUCCCAAAUUACGCACCAGUUGAUUUCCCUUUCUCUCCCGUCAGAUUAGAAAACUGUGCGUAAAUGAUGUCAGGGACUGAAGUCCCAACGUCUGGGAAUCCCUGCGCGUUAGGAAAACGCACCAGGACAUCUUUGGGUGGCGCCAGAGCGCAUGUAAAGGCGAAGCGGGCGAAAAAGUAACGCAACUCACGGGUUAAUCUGCCCGGAGAAUCACUCCACGGCUCCGGCCGUGUCCACAUCCAGCUGCGCAGCAGGCGAUGCGUGCGUCUCGUCAGCGGCUGCUCGGACUAGUCACCUGUCAGGAGCGGCAGCCGGACGACACCGCUGAGGACCGCGCCGACCUCCACCACAAAUAGUUUGAUGCGCGGAGCCUCCGGUGAAAUGGACGGAGACAACUUUGGCUGACCGGUUUGCGCAAGAGGGGAAAAAGUGAGCCGCACGCAGAAACUGGCAGAUUAUACACGAAGUCCCUGAGCUCCUGAGAGGCUUCGACCCCUCUCGCUUUGAAGAUUAAGGGGUUGACGACGUCUGAAGGACACUAAGAACAGGAUUAGACAUUGUGCAGUUUAACCUACUUCUCGCUACUCCCGCACAUUGUCCUGUGAAUCUUUGCGCAAUGACCUUUGGUGCACUUGGAAUACAGCGGAUGCGCCCGUGAGGUGGGCAGACAGUGAGGCCUGACAGAAGAUGCGGCGGGGGUGGUGGCUCAUCAGAUGGCUGGGGACAGGACUGGCAAUCCUCUCCUUGCUCAGCCACAGCUGGGGCCAGGACACAGGAGACUGGCAGUACGAGGAUUGUAAGCUGUACAGGCCAGGACCCCCUGCAACCAUUGUGACCAUCGACGAGGAAAGCCCCAACGGUACAGUUUUGGUGGAAAACAUGCAGAUUACCGGCCGAGCCAGAGGCCCCAACAGAACCAUCUCGCUGACGUUGUUAGACAACUACGACUACUGGGUGAUACUGGAUCCAGUGCAACAGAGGCUUUUCCUGAACAGUACCGGGCGUGUUCUGGACAGAGAUCCGCCAAACUCCACCACCAGCAUUGUGGUUCAGGUCCAGUGCACGAACGAGAUUGUGGGCACGGUGAUUUUACACGAGGUGCGGAUCGUCGUGAGGGACGUCAACGACAACACGCCGCGCUUUCAGCAGCCGCGCUACUACGUGGCCGUGAACGAGCUCACACCAGUUGGAACAACUAUUUUCUCUGGCUUCUCAGGAAAUAAUGGAGCUACAGACAUUGAUGACGGGCCCAAUGGACACAUAGAAUACAGCAUCAUUUACAACCCCAAUGACCCGAUGUCGAACGCAACAGUGAGUGUUGCAAACACCCUUUCAGGAUACAUUACGCUGGCAGAGAGGCUGAACUAUGAGGAAAGAACGCGCUACCUGGUUUUGGUGCAGGCCAAUGACCGCGCUCCGUAUCCCCCCAACAGACGGACGGCCACCACCACGCUGACGCUGGACGUUCUGGACGGAGACGACCUGGGCCCCAUGUUCCUGCCGUGUGUGCUGGUCAACAACACGCGCGACUGCACCCCCGUCACCUAUCGAGCAGCUAUCCCCGAGUUAACCGAUCCGAACAAACUGAACCCGCUGAACGUGACGCCCCCCAUCCGAGCCGUGGACAUGGACCGAAACAUCCAGCCGCCGUCCGACAGGCCCGGCAUCCUUUACUACAUCCUGGUUGGUCAACCUAUGACAUAUGCAGAAUUCUUCUCCAUGAACACCUCCACUGCAGAGAUGCGUGUUCUCAAACCUAUUAGCAGGGAUUUCUAUCAGAGGUUCACGCUCAUCAUUAAGGCUGAACAGGACAACGGUCACCCCCUCCCGGCCUUCGCUAACCUUAUCAUCGAAAUCCUGGACGAGAACAACCAGGCGCCGUACUUCCAGUUCGCCACCUAUCAGGGCUACGUGAGCGAGGCCUCCCCUGUGGGCACCACCAUCUCUGCCAGCGCCAACCUCACGUCCCCGCUGGAGAUCAUCGCUCUGGAUAACGACAUCGAGGAGACGAAAGACCCCAUGCUGAGGAUCACCUUGAACGACCACACGACGAUAUUCAGCGCGACCCCGACUGGGAUAAUCCGCUACCUGAGCCUCCUCAAACCGGUUGACCGGGAGCAGAAGACCUUCUACACCUUCACGAUGGAGGCGUCGGACGGCGUCCAGCAGAGCAGCCCAGUAACUGUCAACAUCCUGGUCAUCGACGCCAAUGACAACACGCCCACGUUCGCCAAGGUCUCCUACAGCGUGGAAGUCUUCACAGACAUGCAGCCCGGGCAGUUGGUGCUACAGUUAUCAGCAGCGGAUGCGGAUGAAGGACUGAACGGUAUUGUGACCUAUGAGAUAUUGACUGGCGACCAUGGAGAUUUCGUCAUAAAUAACCGCACUGGACACAUCACUGUGGCACCCGGUGUGACAUUAAUGGUGGGCCAGUCCUACGCGCUGACAGUCAGGGCCUCUGACAACGCGCCGCCGAUGCAGAGGAGGAGCUCCAUCACGACGGUGUACAUUGAGGUUUUGCCGCCCAACAACCAGAGCCCGCCGCGCUUCCCCCUCCUCACCUACAACCUGGAAAUCAGCGAGGCCAUGAGGACCGGCGCGAUCCUGCUCAAUCUGCAGGCCACGGACAGAGAAAAUGACCCGAUCACGUACCGCAUUGUGAGUGGGGAUUCCCAGAAGGUCUUCAACCUCUCUGAAACGAUUGGCCUUCUGCUUCUGGGCAAACCUCUGGACAGAGAGACCACCGAUCAGUAUCGCCUGAUUGUCACUGCUUCUGACGGCCAUAUUGAAGGGACGUCCACCACUACUGUGAUUGUAGUCGUCACCGACGUCAACGAUAACGACCCCAUGUUCAACCUCACCAUGCCCACUAAUUUCACCGUCCGAGAGGAACAGGCCAAUUUGUUUGUUGGCCAAGUCACGGCCACAGAUCCAGAUGCAGGCGCCAACGGCCAGAUCCGCUACCGGAUCGUGAAUCAUCCCAACUUGUUCCUAAUCACUGGAAAUGGCAGCAUCUACACAAAAGUGCCUCUGGAUCGGGAGCUCAGGAGCCAGUAUGACCUGGUGGUAGAGGCCUCGGAUGGGGCGGUGGACCCGCGUCGGACCACUUUGACCCUCUUAAUCCAGGUCAUGGACAUCGAUGACAACAGCCCGGUGUUUUCUCAGCAGACCUAUGUUGUGAACGUACCUGAGAACAGCCCUGUGGGACUCGUGAUUCUGAAGCUAAGUGCAACGGACCCGGACCUCUACUCCAAUGUCACGUAUCGGAUCAAGACUGAAUCGGCCAGACAGCUGUUCUCUCUGAACGCUGUCACGGGGGAAUUAGCUGUGCUGCAAAGCCUGGACUUUGAGGGCCUGGCAGCUAUGGGCAUGGGCCCUUCAUACACUUUCCUGGUGGAAGCUGUGGACCAAGGAGAGGUCAUGCCCCCAGGGCAGGCCAACGUCACGGUCCGCAUCACGGACAUGAAUGACUUCUCCCCAGUCUUCACUCAAGACCUGUAUAAGGGCAUGGUGGCUCCCAAUGCGGAGAAAGGAACAGUCAUAGCAACGGUGUUGGCUCACGACCAGGACCCACCGGGAACCCCGGCCAGUUUCGUGCGCUACCGAGUGGACCAGGAGCGCUCGCCGUACAGCGGCAGCAUCUUUGACGUGGAGACGACGUCGGGGAGAGUCGUCACUAAAGUCAACCUUAACGAGGAGCCCAGCGUCACCUUCAAGCUGUAUGUGAUCGCUUAUGAUGACGGGGAGCCAGUGAAGACUAACAGCACUCUGGUGGAGAUCACUGUCCUUCAGCCGUCGCGCAUCCCCAUCUUCACCGAGGAGGAGUACAGGUUUUCUCCCGUCAGUGAGUUGGCUCCAAUUGGCACACCAGUGGGGAAAAUCUUCGCUGCCGCAAUCAAUCAAACAAUCUACUACUCGAUCGUGGGAGGAAAUGAACUGGGUCAUUUUGCUGUGAACAGUGCGACUGGUGUCAUCUCCACAGCUCAGAACCUGGAUUAUGAAACCGUGACCAGCUACAUCCUGAGGGUCCAGGCAGACUCCAUGCUGGUCGUCAUGUCCAACCUACGCGUGCCCUCGAAAACUAACUCAGCUAAGGUCUUCAUUGACGUCCAGGAUGAGAAUGACCAUCGUCCUGUCUUCUCCAGGAAGCAGUAUAUAGGCGGCGUGACGGAGGACACCAAGAUCUUCAGCUCCGUGCUUAAGAUAGUGGCCACUGACCAGGACACUGGGAAUUACAGCGCCAUGGCGUACAGGCUCAUCAUCCCCCCGACCGCGGAGGGUCAGGACAGCUUCGUUAUCGAGACCUACACGGGCGUCCUCAAGUCGGCCAUCAUGUUUCGAAACAUGCGCAGGUCCUACUUCCAGUUUCAGGUUAUUGCCACUGACAACUACGGAAAGGGGCUCACCAACAGCGCUGACGUGGUGGUUUCUGUUGUCAACGCGCUGGACAUGCAAGUCGUUGUUUCCACCGUCCCGCCCAAUUUAGUGGAGGAGAAUAAGGAGCAGCUCAUUAGCAUUUUGGAGCACCACAUUCAGGACCAGAUUCCAGGUGCCAAGGUGAUUAUCGAGUCCAUUGGGCCGCGUCGCUAUGGCGACGGCUAUGAGCUGGAGGACUACAGUAAGUCGGACCUGAUGGUGUACGCCAUUGACCCGGCCACGAACAGGGCGAUUUCAACCAAGGAGCUCUUUAAAUUCCUAGAUGGGAACGUGCUGCAGAUCAAUAAGGAGUUCCAGCCGUACCUGGGCGAGGGCGGCCGCAUACUGGAGAUCCGCUCCCCAGACGUGGUGGCCAGCGUGAAGAAGGCGUCUCAGGCCGUGGGCUACACGGAGGGCGCCCUCCUGGCCCUGGCCAUCAUCAUCAUCCUCUGCUGCAUCCCCGCCAUCCUCAUCGUCAUGGUGACGUACAAACAGUUCAAAGAGCGACAGGCAGAAUGUGCCAAAACGGCCCGCAUUCAGAUGGCGCUGCCACCGGGAGGGAAGGCGCCUCCAGCUGGAGCUCCCACUGCUAACCUGUACGAAGAGCUGGGCGACAGCAGCAUGAGGCGAGGCCACGGCAGACAGCAACAGCAACUGCUGAGGCCAUCUCUUCUGAGACCUGAGGAACUCUCCAUGGAGUCCGGUAUCGACCCAGGCCAAGACUACUAUGCGCAGGACUACUAUAAUUAUGACCAAGGGUAUGACAUUCCUCACUACGGCAGCCGGAGGAGGCUGAUAUCUCCCAUGUAUGAUGAAUAUGGAGAGGUGAUUAUGGAGGAUGAUGGUUAUUACUAUAGUCCACAUGGCCCUGAGGGUCGCGGCCGAGGCAGGGGCCGUGGUGGCAGAGGUAGAGGUGCUCCCAAGAGGGUUGCAUUUAGUGACUUGCCACCAGAGGAAGGAACUGAAGAAAGUGCGCCAGCACCAGAGGGCGAGCCUUCAAUGGCUGCCAAGAAGCUCAAGUCUGUCAUGAAACUCAGCAAACUCCUGGCAGCCAGCAAGGGAGGCAAACAACCAUCUGAUGCCGCUCCCUCCGGCCUAUCUCAAUGGAAGAAAGCCAAGAUGCUCAAGAUGUUUGGCAUCGGAAAGAAAGACAAGGACUAUGCCAAACUGAUGUCAGCUCGCCGUAUUGACAGCCAAGACAGUUUGACUGACGGACCGGCGCUCAUGGGGCCAAUAGACAGCAAGUCUGAUACCCGCAGCCGACUUGGCAAAGUUUUGAAGAAAAUUAACUUGGCUAACAAGUUAAAGGUCCGGAGAAAGUCACAGAGUUCCGUAAGUUUGGCAUCAGGAACUGGAAGUGAGCGAGAUGAGGAGGCCUCACAGGUGGCCAGCGAGGAUGAAAGGAAGUCUAAAGUGUCUAUUAGCGUGACAGAAAGUGAGCCAGAAGCAGGUACUACUGGAAGCAAAGACUCCGAUGAUGAAUCCUCAGAGAAAAGCAGUAUGGACAAAGAUUAUCUUAAAGUGGAUUUAGACCGGGAUGAUGCCAAUGAAAGCACCGUGGACUCGGAGGAAGAGCCCGAUGAAGAGCCAGAGGAUUCUGACGAGGAAAGCAAGUCAAAGUCUGAAGAAGAAACGGAGAAAGAAUCUGUGAGUGAGAAAGAGUCUGGGACUGAAAGGGAAUCUGAGUCGGAGAAAGAGUCAUUGUCAGAAAAGUCCUCAUCUACAGAGAAAGAGUCAGAAACGGAGAAAGAGUCAGAAACAGAGAAAGAGUCUGAGGAAGAGUCUGACUCUGACAAAGAGUCAGAGUCAGAAAAAGAAACGGAAUCAGCUACAGGAACGGCAACAGAGAAGGGUUCAGAAACUGAGGGAGACUCUGAUGAAGAGUCAGAGGAGGAAGAGGCAUCCAGAAGCACUAGAGAAAGUGGGUCUUCUGCCCGGUCUUCCAUGAGGUCAUCAGGUAGUGAGGCCAGCAAGGGGAGCAGCGGCUCAGCUGUGAGUGGCAGUGGGAGCAAAAGGAGUGGGAGUGGAAGUGGUGGUAGCAGUGCCGUAUCUGGGUCCAGCGUUAGCUCCUCUCAGAGAAGCAGAUCCUCAAAGAGUGCAGUGACGUCAGAGAAGUCCAGUGGAGAAGUUAGCGAGGCCGAGUCAGGGACGGGGACCGCCAGCGAGUCAGAGUCGGCAUCAGUGUCGGGAAGCGAAGGCUCUUUGUCCCGUGAAUCCAGCCAUAAAAAGUCUGGGUCACGGUCGAGUGGAGGGGCUUCGUCCGGCAGUCGCAGGACAAGUGAAAGCAGGAGUUCGGCCGUAUCGCGCUCUACCGGUAGCCGGCGUUCCCAGAAUUCCACAGGGAGCCGUGGAUCGGAGGGCAGCGUCACAGAGGAGAGUGGGGAGGAGUCUGGUGACGAGAGCAUGGAUUCAGCCAGUGAGCUCGGCAGCGAGGCCUCGUCCAGACGGUCCAGUCUAUCGUCAGGAGACCCCGGGCCCUCCGCCCCAUACGCCCGGCCCCCGUUUGCCUCCGACGUCAAGAGCAUGAGUGAGAUGUCCGAGGAGACGUACGGAGGACUGUCCCCGAUCACCGAGGUGGACGAGGACGCCAUCUCUGACAACUCCUCAGCCAUUGGCUCCAGAUCGGGGACCGGCAGUGCAUCAAGGGGCUCCAGAAGGACGGGAACCACUUCAGAAUCCGACGGACAGUCAUCCGCUCUGUAGAACGAUCGUUUGUCCGCUGUGAAGCUGGAAGGAAAAAGCGCAUUAAGCUCGUGGUCAGUCGGGAGAAUGAGACCAGCUCCACCGGAGAGGAGAGCACCACAGAGACCCAUAGGAACCGAGUCCCCAACAGCCACAGCAACAUCAACGGGAACAUCUACCUCGC